AAAUCCCAACACAAAGACAGUUGCUUGGCUCCGACAACAAUGGCCGGAGCUGAGGCAGAUGCAGCGAUGUUGCUGUUAGAAGGCGUAAACUCGGCAGCCGAGGAAAGCAACGGCAAUUACUACGACCACGUCUUUCAGAUGAGGAAUAACUUCUUCGAGCCAGAGGAGGAAUUGGAGAUACCCGUAAAUGAGUACACUGAACAGAAUCAUCCUGAAUUAGUGGACCCUGAAACAGUGGAAGAGCCUUCAAUAACCCCAGUAGAAACUGUAGCAUCACCAGUGGAGAAGUUAAUACACGACCGUGAGCAAACCAUCCAAACGCUGAAAAGGAACCUCCCAGACCAGGAACAGUCUGUGCUAACAUCUGAUAACCAUCCGCCCAACUCAAACAAUACAGAGAAUGGUGACUCAUCAUCGCCCAGCAUUGAUAUUUUUAUCAAUAAUGUUGUGUGCACGUUUACGGUGCGGUGCCAUUUGAACUUAAAGAGGAUUGGCCAGGAAGGAAUCAAUGUUGAGUAUAGGAGAGAAUACGGGAAAGUUAAUAUGAGAUUCCGUAACCCAUCAGCCACAUGCACAAUAUGGUCCUCAGGAAAAGUGUCCAUCACAGGCAAUAAUAGUGAAGACAAUGCAAUGAAGACAGCAAGAAGGUGUGCAAGGGCUAUACAGAAGCUUGGUUUCAGGGUACGGUUUGGAAAGUUUCAAGUUGUCAAUGUGCUAGGAACGUGUGCAAUGCCAUUUGGCAUUAGGAUCGGACAGUUCUCCGAAAAACAUCCAUAUACUGCAAGCUAUGAGCCAGAGCUACAUCCAGCUGUUACAUAUAGACUCAAAUCACCUAGGGCAACCCUCAAGAUCUUCUCAACAGGGAGUAUUACAGUCACAGCACCUUGCGUGGAGAACAUCUCACUAGCCAUCCAGCAUAUAUACCCCCUGGUUGAACCCUUCGCAACCAAACUACGAGAAGACGUCAUCCACAAGAGACUAAUGAAGGGAAUGAUCAAACCAAAGAGAAGGAAGAUGGAAGACAGUGAUGAUGAAGAAGAUGAUUACGAAGAAGAGGAAGACACAGAUUCUGAAACUGACGGCGAGGAUUCCGAAGAUGAUGGUUUGUGACACCAUUUUAACAAAAGGGUAGCUGUCUAUCAACCUGCUAAGUUUUGCUUUACAAAUAUUUUCAAUUUUUAUAAAGCUUCAUGUAAUAAACCACAAGGAAACUUACCCAGUCAUUUUCCCUUGU